AAACAAACUUAUCGCGAGCGGGGGCUCAUUCCUUUAUUUUUAGAAAUUUUGUUUUUUUGACUCCAUAUUUUUCAAAAAUUUUAGAAGAAUCUUCGAAAAAUUCUUAGAAACCCUUUAAAAAUGAUCAAAAAUUUUUAAAAUAUUCAGAUAUUUUCAAAGGGUUCCAAAAAUUUUCAAUAAAGGGUGUGUGGGGUGUGGGUGUGUUAGUGGGUGCGGAUGUGUUAGUGGGUGCGGGUGUGUUAGUCGGUGCGGGUGUGGGUGUGGGUGUGCCGGUGCAGCUAAUCAUCAAGUAAUGAACAACACCCACACCCCACACCCACACCCACACCCACAGAUGUUGCCUAUGCUACAUUGAGAAUGGUUUCAUUCUCUUCGACCACAUCACUGUUUCAAAAUAAUGCGUAGACGCUCGCGGAUGGUGCCCAAUGGUAAGGUUUCCUUCCUACCUUCCCAAAAUUUGUCUGGAUGACGGCGAAGCAGAGCAAGCAUCGCUGAGAGGCUGCACAUACGGGUCUAUGGGUAUUAAUGUAAUGUAGCAGUCCUUUACAACAUACCCACACCCACACCCCAAUUGAAUGAUGAUUCAGAGUGUACAAACAAAGGAUUUUCUUUGUUUCGCAAAGUGUACAGACAAAGGUCGUAUACUUGCUAUUGGAAACACUAUUGCUCACCAUGCUUUUUAUGGUACCAGCGUAUGUGCUAUCACAUAUAUGGUUCUCUUCUGUGAACCGAUAUGCAUUCAUUUUAAUAUUGAACAUUUUAUGAUACGAUUGACAUUUAUUUCUUCUUUUCAUAUUAGAAAUAUAAAAAUAUGCGUUUCCCUUCGUUUUCUUUUUAUACAAAGUAUUUGAACGAGAAAAAGUUCAUUACUUAGCUAAAUAAUAUUACCUUUCAUAUCAAUUUUGUUCUUUUUUACUUUCAAAAUAAUUCUAAAAGCAAAACUGGUUUUGUUAAAUUUAAGUCCAAGCUAACUAUAUUCAUUUUGAUAUUUUAACUAAGAAAUAGUUCGAUAAUAAGUAGAAUAUUUAAUGAAAUCCUUAAUAUUUUUGCUUCUUUGCCAAUAUAUCUAAUUUUACAAUCUUUUUCUUUUCAUUGCUUGUCUUUUAAUAAAAUAAAUGAAUGCCAAAUAAAAUGAAUAAAUUUCAAAUAAAUUAAAUUAAAGAAAUUAUAAUUUUUUAUUUGUAGAUAAAAUGAUAAGUAAAUUAGAAAAAUUUCCAAAUGAAAUAUUAUUAAAUAUAUUUUCUUAUUUAUCAUGGGAUGACAUGUUAAUAUCAUUAUGGUCAUUAAAUGAACGCAUUAAUUCUCUUGCUCGUUCAAUAUUUUCAAUGAGUAAAAAUGGAAUUAUUUUUAAUAAACCGGGUUUAUCGUAUCGAACAUUUUCCUUAAUAUUAUUACCACUAAUAUGCAAUUCAUUAUCGCUUUCCUCAUCAAUUAAAUAUAUUCAUUUUGGUGGAAUUAAUUCAAGUUCUUGUGAUCUUAUUAAUAUCUUUUUUUUCUAUAAUACUAAUAAACAAAGGAUUUCUUUUCCUAAUCUUAGGUCACUUUAUAUUACUGAAUGUUCAUUAUCUCAAACAUUAAUUCAAACAUUAUCUAUGCUUAUUCAACAUCAAUUAAACCACCUUACAUUAAUAUUGGAUAGAGAUGCUUUCAAUUUAUCUGAAGACUCACAAGAACAUUUAUUCAUUUCUAACAAAAGUAAUCAAUAA